ACAUGUAUCUGAUACAUUAUUGUCGCUGUUAUACCUGGGAUUGAUUUUCAGGUAAAAUAUAAUCUUCUGUCGUAGCCUGUCGAUUUAAGUAAACACUAUCAUUCUUAAACGAUCAGGUUUCUAAACUGUUAUCGCUAUUCAAGUGAAAUGCGGAACUAUUUUAUAACAUACAUGUACAUGUAUUGUUUUAUAUGAGAUGAGUAUUAUUCAUUCAGUGUGACCUGUAUCCAUCGAAAUGUAUUUUUAAAACCAACCGGAAGGAAACUCGUUUGAAGUGGGACUAAUUGUUACGUAUGAACAGAGUUUUUCACGCACCUUGAAUACUAUCUGAUGAUAAAUUAUAUGUACUGUUUAUACUAGCCAGCAGGUGCGAGAUAUAUAUGUAUUGUAAAACCACCGUACAUCGACAUUUGUCAAUUUUUACAAUUUAAAGUCGUAGUUUUGGAAAUUCAACAUUUUGCGAUUAGAGUGUAGUAUACAGUAUAGUGUUUCAUCAAGUGUAUAAUCGGAAAUGAUUAUGUUUAACUUAAGUUAAAGUGAGGAAGUAAUUUAUUUUCUUUUUAAUAAUUAACCGUGAAUUAAAAAGAGGAUUUUAUAAAAACAUGGGUUGUUUUCAUAGUCAAGAUGGAAUACCUGAAUCGGACUCAAACGUUGAAACUUUGUACCUUGCAAGACGCGUUAGAUCCAAGAAAAUCCAAAACAGCGCGGCGAAGGCGAGUGGAAGUCAGUUUCAUGAUAUAACGGCAGAUGUAUCCAAGGACAAAACUUUCGAAAGUAAAAAUUUAGCAGCGGAGGUGAACGAUUCGUCAAAAGACGUUCAAGGAAAGGCAUAUUCUAUUUUCCCUAAAUGGAAAGGAUACAAGAUGUGUAACGCCUGUGAAGACACAGAGUCUAAGACAGUCAAUAAGGGAUUCAAACACAGAGGACAUUGUAAUAGGUGUUCUAUGGUCAAAGAAAUGAAAAAUAAUCUCCGCAAAAACUCGCCACAAAGCAUGAACAUUACAGCUUUUGCCAAUCUUUUAGCAUUGACGACACUAGAUCUGACUGCCCCAGCAAGUGAUGCCUUGGUUAAGAACAGAAAAAACACAUGGAUACAGCUAGCUGGUCAUCCUGGGUCCUUUGCACCAGCAGGCCCCAAUACAAUAUGGAAGAAAAGAAUAACAAAAGACAACACAGAAACCAAAGCAUAUGAGGCAUUAAUGGCAGAUGAAGCCCAUAGCAUUAUACCCAUAUUUUAUAGAGAAGUUGAAUACAACGGUGAUUUUUUCAUAGAAAUGGAAGACUUGUUACAACAUUUUGACAACCCCAACAUAAUGGAUAUUAAAAUUGGUACAAGGACAUUUUUAGAAUCUGAGGUAAAAAAUCCAGUUUUACGGAAAGAUUUAUAUGAAAAGAUGGUUGACCUUGACCCUGAUGCCCCAACAGAAGAUGAGAGGGACCAACAAGCAAUAACCAAACUCAGGUAUAUGCAGUUUAGAGAACAAGAAAGCUCAACGGCUGCAUUUGGUUUCAGAAUAGAAGCUUUAAGAGUAGCUGGAGAACCACCAGAAACAAAUUUAAAGAAAAUUAAAACAAAAGAUCAGGUACAACAGAUUUUAAAGAAGUUUCUAAAAGGCAAAUCCACAGUACGAUGUAAUUUAUGUGAAAGACUCAGAACUAUCAGACAGUCAUUUGAAAUCUCUAAAUUUUUUAUGUCACGUGAGAUGAUCGGUAGUUCUGUCUUGGUUAUAUUUGAUGGAAACAAUGCAAGUGGGGCGUGGCUUAUUGACUUCACAAAAACUAUGUUGAUGACUGAUAUAACACUGACUCAUCGAGAUCCAUGGACGUUAGGGAAUCAUGAAGAUGGUUAUUUAUUUGGAUUAGAUAAUCUAAUUCAGUUCUUUGAUAACCCAGAUAUAGAUGAGGUUCCUGGUUCACAGCCUUCAUCCAGUAACCAGGAGAGACCAGUAGAAGAUGGAACUUGAUUAACAGGAAGUUAGUGUUGCUUCAGGUGACAAGGAUGAGAUAACUUUGCUCAUUUUAAAACAUUCCAAUGAAAUGUUUUAUUCUUUCUGCAAAUCCGACAGGUGCUUGUGUUCAGAUCAGAAAUCCAUGGUUUUCAUUAUUUAAGCAAUCUGAAAGACCUAUACUUUUAACUUAUCAUUGUAUAUAAAAGCUCAUAUGUUUGAAAAGGAUUUUUUCUGGAUUGUGUUUUAAUGUAGGUGUUGAGUAAGAUUGAAUUUACCAAAUGAUUCUAAGGGAGGUAACUGUUUUACUGUCAAAUUUUUAUUUUAGUUUGUCAAUGGAAUAUGUGAAAUUGUUGAGUUUAUUUCUCAUUUGAUGCAUAUUUUGUACAAUUUGUGGGAAUUAAUGAAUGGUUAAAUGUAUGAAAAAUAUAUAUAAAAUAAUAACAAGAAGUAUAUUUAAGGUUUUGAGAACAGCAAGAAAUAUAAGGGUUGCUGGAAUAAAAAUUAUGCUUGACCUAAGAAAAGACUAGAAGGGUUAGGAAAUAAAGGAAAAGUUAAAAAUGUGAGAAAUAAACAUUCUUGAAGGAAUGUAAAGGGCAUUGUGUAUACCUAGUCAGAUAGGCAUUGAAGUGUUAAAAAAAUUGAGGAGCCUUUGGUUGUCUCCCUUACCUAAAAGAAAUUCAUUUGUGAAAGUUUUUUUUGAACAUUAUGUAUAUCACUCAUUAACAAAAUUCUGACAGUUCCUAAUCUACUACUACUAGAUAUUUUAAUAUAAAGUCCUUUGUCAACAAUUUAUUGUAAACUGUAAAACACAUUCUCAACCCUUAUGCUUUUGCUGUGGUCAUUUUUAUCUGGAAAUAUUAGUACACAAUGUUUAACAAAUAAGAAUCGUUAUGCACAGUAAUUUUGAAAAAUGCAAACAAAAAUCAGGGCAAUGGACAACUUAUAGUAGAUUAUUUCAUAUGAAGACACAAAAAUUUACCGAUACAGAAUGAACGUAUAAUAACUUUUGUUUCAAACUUCUACAUCAUUUGAUCUCUGGUGGAGAGUUUUCUCAUUGGCAAUCAUACCACGUCUUAUUGUUUUUAAAAUGAUAAAUUUAUUAGAGAAACAGUUCUGAUUCUAAGUCAUACUGUUCUUGUUUGCUGAACUGGGUAUAUUCCUUUUGUAUAGGAGGUUGAACUCUAAUCUAGAGUUUUAUUUUAUUGGAGGGUCAACCAGUUACCGAAAGACAUUUUAAAUCCAUAGGGCAAUUCUGAUUUAUUUUAUUACUGUGAAUUCAGAAAUUAUUGUGUGUAUUUAAUAUUGAAAUUUUUGAUGAAUGGACAAGAGAUUAAUUAUUGCGAUUUGAAUUUCAGGUACACCUGCAUACAGAUAUAUGUAUCAGAUAUCAGAAUGCAAGUUCUUAUUAUUGCGAUACUCACACAUUCGCAUUAUUCACAUUAAUAAAAACCUCACAAUAAUUUCUGAAUUUACUGUAGUUAAUGAUUUUUUUGUUUUAUGUUCUACACUAGUCAUUUUACAGGGUUUUGAAUUUUACAAGGUUUUAAUAUUUAUAUACACAUGAGCAUAAAUACAGAUUGUUUUUUCUUUGGGUAUUAAUUUCAUGUAUCAUAUAUAGCUACAUAUUUUUAGCUGUCAAGUUUUUUCUUUCUUUUUAUUUCAAAAUUGAUGAUUUGGUUUUGGAAUCCCUUUACUUAUACUAUUAAGUGACGUCCAAGAUGAAACAUCACUUCCUAGCUCCCACAAACAAUGGAAUAGCCCUAGUGUUUUAUCUAAAGCAAUUUAGCACUUUUUUCCUGACGCACUGCCCUUUUUUCUUGACGCCAUGCCCUUUUUUUUUUUCGGACGCCAUGCCCUUUUUCUCUUGAAAAAUUUGACGCCAUGUGCCUUGUAGCGUUAUCUAGUUUGAGAUCCAGUUGCGGUAUUGGGUUUUUUGCUGAUCAAAGGGCGACAAGCAUUGACUAAGUUGGUUGCAUGUAUUUCAUGAAGACAAAUUUAUCACUUCCGCGAGACUCGAGAGCGUAAAUGAUUAAAUUAUUUAGUUUCGGCUAAAUAAGUGUGUUACUUCAUUAGAACGUGAUGAAAGUUGCCUGAAGUAAAUUUGUAAUCCAUUAAUUGCAUUGAAAAUGUCCUAUUUCUUUCCAAAUUGCGUGCCAAACAUCGUUUAUUUUUGUUAAUUUUCUUCGUCCUCCAUUAAAAUAUUUGUACAAAGUAGGGAAAGGAGUCGGAAACCGGACCAGCUAUGAAUGAAAUCCCGAUUCUUACGAUAAUGACUACGGAUGCAAGAAUGGCACAGCUGACAGUAAAAUAUUGUUCCCAAAAAGAAAAAGUAUGCAGUUUCUCGUUGCAUUGAAGACCCAUUGGUCGCCUUCGGCUGUUGUCUGCUCUAUGGUCGGGUUGUUGUCUCUUUGACACAUUCCCCAUUUCCAUUCUCAAUUUUAUUCAACACGCAUUAACAUACUUUUGGUUAGAUCUACUUGAUUAAGGUAUAUAGUUCCAUGUAGAUCCAUUGUUUCAAUUUAUUAACUAAAGUUGCUCAACUCUGAGACUUUUAUACUAAUAUCAUUAUAGUACCAGCUUAACUUUGUAAAAUUUAUAAACCUUUUUUAAUGAGAAAAACUGAAAAAGUGUAACUUACUACAUGUGUAGUUUAUUUAUGUGCCCUAUUUGGUACAGUCGACGCGCAAAGUGCCCUUUUGGCAAAAAAAUUACCAUGCCCUUUUUAAGUUCUAGAUAAAACACUAAGCCCCAAAGACAUGUUUCCCAUUUCAGGGUUUUGACAGAAGAAUUUAAAUCCAUUAGAGAUAUUACCUAAAAAAGCUUUAUUAAAUUAAUGUUUAUAUGACAAAAGUUCAUUUAUCCAUUUUUUGGGUGAAAAUUGUAUGGUACUGACUUGAUAUCUAUAUCUUCCAAGGUUUAUCACUACCUUUGAUAGUUAAUACAAAAUAGCGCAGUAAAGUGAUCAUUAUUUAGAUCCUAUCCAAUCAAUGUCAUGCAAUUUAUCCAUGAAAUAUUAUACUUUGAUGUUUAAGUUACAAUAUGAUGUGCAUUUGAAUUACCAUACUUGUUAAGAAUACAUUUUUUUAGCUCACCUGGCCCAAAAGGGCCAAGUGAGCUUUUCUCUUCACUUGGCGUCCGUCCUCGUCGUCUGUUAACUUUUAAACCAAGAUGGCCACCAUGGCUAAAAAUAGAACAUGGGAGUAAAAUGCAGUUUUUGGCUUAUAUCUCUGAAAAUCAAGCAUUUAGAGCAAAUCUGACAAUGGGUAAAAAUGUUCAUCAGGUCAAGAUCUACCUGAAAUUUUCAGACGCAUCAGACAACCCUAUGUUGGAAUGCUGCCCCUGAAUUUGUAAUUUUAAGGAAAUUUUGCCCUGUAAAGUCAAUUUUUCACAAUUUUUCAUCAUUUUUUGUUAUCUUUUACAAAAAUGUUUUCCUCUGAAACUACUGGGCCAAAUUAAACCAACUUGGCCAAAAUCAUCCUUUGGGUAUCUAGUUUAAAAAAUGAUGACCCUGCCCAUCAAUCAAGAUGGCUGCCAUGGCUAAAAUAGAACAUAGGGGUUUAGUAUUGAAGUCUAUGGGAAAAUUGUAAAAAAACAAUUUCAAAUGGUCACAACUUGAAAACUAAUUUAAAUAAUGAUAAGGAGUCUUCAGUAACUAUUGUAAGACUACAAUGGGAUGACCAGCUUUUAAUUUAACUACUGGGCCAAAUUAAACCAAACUUGGUCUCAAUCAUUAUUGGGGUAUCUAAUACUAUUUAUUAUGAUUUUAACCUUAUUUUACAUGAUUUCCAAAACCACAGUAGAUACAGGUUAGCGACACAGGCUCUUGAGAGCCUCUAGUUUUAUUAAAAUUCAUAAGUUAUACAUGGUGUAUGAAUCUGUUAUAAAAAUAGGUUCAACUACCAAUGUACAACCAUGAACAAAGGAAGAUAACUCCAACUCAAAUUUAGUUAACCUAGCUAGCUAAAUACUAUCCAAUGUUUUAUUUUAAAUUUCUCAAAUGUGCAACAUGAAAGCAAUCUUAACCCUUCAGUGCUCACAAGCUCUUUGAUUGGGAUCUGCCUACUGGUACUAUUAAGAGCUAUUCCAUUAUAUGGAUAAAGGAGUGUAGGCAGGAACUCUCAAAAUUCUUUCACGUCCAACAUAAGUAAUUUUGCUGACAUAAUAUGGGUAAAAUAUCAUAAUUGACCCACAACCAUAUUAAAAAAUAAUACUUCACUUCCUAGCUCCCACAUACAAUGGAAUAGCCCUAAAGACAAGUUUACAAGUUUACCAUUUUGAUGGACAAAUUGGAAUCCAUUAGAGAUUACCUUUAAAAAAAGUUUUAUUUAAUUAAUGUUUAUAUGACAAAAGUUCAUUUAUGAUUAUCCAUUUUUUAAUGUAAUUUUUUUUUAAUAAUUUAUUUAAUUUAAGAAUAAAAAUGAUUAUUUCAUUCAUUCAAUAGUUAGUAGGUUACUCAGUUUGAUGAGUUAAAGGAAAAAUAUCCAUGUGGCUUUAAAUAUACAGGUAAUAUUUACUAUUUAAUAUGCAAGUUUAUCAUUUGAGUAAUUUUUGUCAUUAGACACUUCAUUAUUUUAAGGUAAAGUUAGGUUAGGAAAUUAGAGCUGUCAAUCACAAUUAAGAAGUUAGAGCUGUCAUUCACAAUGGCCAAGUUCUAAUGGAACUCUAGAGUAAAUAGGAUUGACAUGGUCAUAUAUAACACCUGUAAUGAUUGGAUAUAGCUUUCCCGCCAUUAGAACUCAAGGAGUCCUGGAUGUGGGCAGGGUUCCUCGAGAUUGACUCGAUAACCUGAAUGUUAUGACGUCAAUCCAAUCAAAAAUUGAAUAUCAACAUAUCCAGAGUAGGGGCCUUGUACUUCCAGUAAUCUAGAGACCUUAUUCUUCAAAAUUAUUUACCAUUCAUGUGGAACUCUAGUCAGAACUCUGGUUUCAUUCGUACUUGGCCAAUGAUGAAGACUGUUUAAAUUCUAGAAUUACUCAAAAUAAAUUCAUCAAGGAUGUAUUAAAUGAAAUCUGACUAUUUGAAUUCAAAAUUUCUAAAAUAUUUAUGAAAUUAUUUGUUCAUAAUAUCAGUAUCACAUGGCCAUCAGGAUUAAGAAAAUUAAAGAAUGUGGGCAUGGUAUUUUUAAACUAGAACAUUUUUUGUCCUAUUUCCAAAAAAGUUCCAUAUUUUGUUAGCAGUUUUCUCAGUUUGAUGGGAAAAAUAUUUUGUAAUGUGAUGGGUGAUUUGCUGUUUUGAAUCACGGGCAGGGAGAAUUCAUUUACCAGAAUUUUGUCAGUGGCUUGAUUCAGGUACCAUAACCUCAUAUUUAACAUGGAAAAUAAAGUACUGUUUCAAAGAUGUAAGGAUUAAUAGUUUAGCUUUAUGAAGUUUUAGUUUUGUUUGACAAGAAAGAGUCAUAGCUUUGUUUUGUUUUGAUUCUAAAGCUUUACGUGUAUUAUGAAAAAACCUAGUUUUUUGUAAUUUUAUAAUGUGUCAAUAACGCCUUAUGUUUUAAGAAGAGCAUUACAGUGAUAUUAUAUUUGUAACGCCAGUAUUUUGGUUUUGUUGUACAAUAAAUGAAAAAAACACCAAAAA